UCAAACUGUUCAUGAUGGCUUCCCUGUGACGACCCCGACACGGCCUCACCCAGCGACCCCCACACAAUAAUGCCGCUCUAGGCCCGUACACGACCCUCCCCGUGGAUUAUUCUCCUCGGCUCGGACCCCCGCACGUCACACGCUGGAAUUAUGCUGGUGCAGGAGCCCGUUCAGGCUGCAAUAUGGCAUUGCCUGAACCACUAUGCAUAUGUGGAUGCAACGUUUCUGGCAGAAAGACUCCUAGCGGAAGUGGAUUCUGAUGAGGCGUUACACCUGGUGGCAACAUCAUAUUACCGCUCGGGAAAGCCAGGUCGCGCCUACUCUGUACUUCAUGCACACGGUACACGCACACCACAACUCAGGUUCCUUAUGGCACGAUGCUGCUUCGACCUUGGAAAGUUGGAAGAGGCAGAAACAGUACUGACUGGUGGUAGUGUUUUGCAUCCUAAAACAGUCGAUGAUCUAGCCACUGAAUAUGGGGACUUGGCUUGCUUUGCUCUUCAGCUUCUUGGACUCAUAUGUGCUAGAACUGAACGCCUCUCGAGAGCAACGGAAGCUUUCAAGCGGUCAUUAAAGCUUAACCCUUUCUUAUGGCAGUCAUUUGUUGCGCUCUGUGAUCAGGGAGACAAAUUGGAUCCCUCAAAGGUGUUUCGGUUAGAUUCUCUUGAGGCAUUUUCUAACUGCCAUGGCAGUACGGUGCUCACCCUAGUAAAUAGUGCCAACCCAGCAAAUAAUGUUAGUGUCAGUUCUGAAUCGGGAGUUUUAAACAAUACUUUAAACAGUGUAUCGGUGAACAAUCAAGAUACUAUUCAACAGACUCCAACAGUGACUCCUUUUCAAAACACUCCAAAUAAUUUAUUACCAGUGGUUAAUACGCCAGUGCAGAACUUAAGUAAUGUGAUUACCCCAGUUCCGAUAACUUCUCUUAAUACUCCUGUUGCUGUGACUAUAACACCCUCACUGGACCGAGGUGUUGGAGACUCUGGGGAUGGUGUUCUCCAAGCACCCAAAAAAAAGAAACUCAUUCGGAUUCGAAGCAUAAUGGGCGGACCCCUGUCCAUAAGUCCGUUGACACCCAGCUUUGGGGUCCUUCCUUUGGAGGUAACAAGUCCUGUGUGCGACUGUGAGCAUUCAUCUUUAAAUAGUUCUGUGGCCUUCCUCACACCUUCACCACUCUCACUAUCUCAACUUGAUGCUGAACCUAACACCAAAGUUCCUCCACCAAUUAGUAAAAGGAUAUUAUGUCGAACUACAAAAGACUCUCCUCUGGUCCUUAACAAGCCAGCUGUGUUUGCGCCGGCAGGGAACAAUAGCAACUUCCAAAGUCCUCCUACGGGUCAACCGAAUCCAAAUGUUCGGAGAUCGUCCCGCCUGUUUGGUAACAGUAAUUCUGUCAAGGAGAAUAACAAGAGUCGUUUUGUAGCACCUAAGUCUCCAGCUCGGAAAACAAAAACCAGAUCUUCAAAGAGUCAGUCGAGUCUUUCUGAAUUGAAUGAAAAAAAUAAGAACGAAAAUCAAGACAUAAUAUCGCCCUCUGAAAAACCAUUCCCAGAGAAACCAGCCACCCCUCAGAGUCUGAUACAACAAGCACUCUCCAUCCAGAAGCAGUCAGCAGAAGGAUUGAUGUCACUUUUAAGGGACAUGGGUGCAGCAUACCAGCAGCUUGCCCAGUACAACUGUGGACGAGCGGUAGAGUUGCUGACGGCCCUUCCCACCCAACAUUAUCGUACAGGAUGGGUCUUGGCUCAUAUUGGCAAGGCGUAUUUUGAGAUGAAUGAUUAUCAGCAAGCUGUCAAGUUCUUCAGUGAUGUGAGAGAGAGAGAACCACAUCGUCUGCACUUAAUGGAGUAUUACAGCACAGCCCUUUGGCACUUGCAAAAAGAAGUUCAACUCUCGGCACUGGCACAGGAUUUGGUUGAAGAAGAACGUGAAUGCCCUCAGGCCUGGUGUGCUACAGGCAACUGCUUUUCUCUUCAGAAAGAACAUGAAGCAGCCAUCAAGUUUUUUUCUAGAGCAAUCCAGGUUGAUCCAAAUUUUGCCUAUGCAUACACCCUGCUUGGUCAUGAACACAUUGCAACAGAAGAACUGGACAAUGCACUGAGCUGUUACCGGAGCGCUGUGAGAAUAGAGCCUCGACACUAUAAUGCCUGGUAUGGUAUUGGUCUGGUGCUGUUUAAGCAAGAGCGGUUUGCUCAAGCAGAGUCUCAUUUUAAGAAGGCCCUCAGCAUCCACCCACUCAGCUCUGUUCUCAUGUGCCAUGUAGCUGUGGUGGAGCAUGCUUUACAAAAGAGUAGUGCUGCCCUUGCUACUUUGAAUCGUGCUCUGGCUGUAGAGCCUCGCAAUCCAUUGUGCAAAUACCACAGAGCAUCAAUUCUACAUGCAACUGAUCACCACCAGGAAGCUCUUACUGAGCUGAAUAAUUUAAAGGAGAUUGUUCCUAAGGAAUCCAAUGUAUAUUUCUUGCUUGGCAAGGUGCACAAAAAGUUGGGUCAAACUCAUUUAGCUUUAAUGAACUUCUCUUGGGCAAUGGACCUUGACCCAAAAGGUGCCAACAAUCAAUUUAAAGAAGCAAUUGACCCUGCAAUCAAUCGCUUUCCAGUUGAUGACGACGACACCACAAACAACAACCCACAUGAUAACGGUGGGUAUUUAAGUAGUGAAGGCAGCUCCCUGGCUCCUGCAGAAUCUUCACAAGAAUCUCUUAUCUUAGAGCCUCAACAAAUGCCCAACAUGGAGAGUUUGAGUGAUGACAGCUUAUAAUAGUGGCAUUAAUAGGCAUCACAAUUUCUGAAAUAUCGGAGAAAGUUUUAUAUGUUUUAAGAGUUUUGUUAUACAAGUAAUAGCAUCAAUAGGAAGACGACAAAACUAAGAUGUACAGUACAUAACUGGUGAUACAAUGUAAAUUUCGUAUCAGGGAAUCCAUUUAAAAUUCCAAUUGUGUGUAUAUAUGACAAGGAAUAAGUGAUACCCCUCAAACGACCUUCAGCCCAGUGGAAAAGAUCUGCAUAUCAGUAUAUUGUGCAUGGCUAAUGCCAAAUAAUGAAAUUGUGCUCUAGUUCACAGAAAUCAUCUUUACUGGAAGAGCAUGAAAGUAGAUUAUCACUUUGCGACAAUACAAAUGUAGAUUCCGUAUGGGGAAAAUUCAACUGAAGCACACGUCAGUAUAUAUUGAGGUCCAGUUUAAUAGACAGUACUGGUAUGUGACCCCUUGUCAAACUAGCGAAGUGUGUGUGGGAUGGAUGGUGAUACUGAAUUUACAAGACUGUUAAUUGGUAUUUCAUCUUGUCUUUUGUUUAAUUCCUAAAUAUACAUAGUGAAAAAUUUGCCCGAGGUUUUGCAAUAUGUCCUUAAUUCAUUAAUGUAAUGGCUAAUUAGGCAGCCACAACUUGACCACGAAAUGUCUGGUAAGAUGUUUAACUAAAGUGAUGCCACUGUUUGUUUUUACUUUUGGUAUAAAAGGAUUUUUCACAAAUUGAUUUAUAACAUACUAUUAACUUACGGUGAACAAUGAUCCGAGAUAGUUUAACCAAAGGAAGUGCUUUGUAUACAGAUUUCAACAUUGGUUUAUACCUUAUGUAAGAAUAGUAGUGUAUGAGGACUAGCAGCUUAGCAGUAUGGCAUUUAUCCUCUUAUUUCCUGGGGACCACUUGUUUGGGAUGUGUCGUGUAACAGUUGUGGGGUUGGGGUCGAGUUGCAGCUGCCACUGGCAUAGUAUAGCAUAAUACUUCAUGUUAUCUAUGGAGGUAUUGACUUGCUGUUCUGUGCUGAGGCAACUCUCAAGGGUUUUUCUUUGGACUAGAAAAGAUAUGUAGAUGUGUAAAUUUUUUUAUUUAUAUACAGUAAAUAUAUAAUAUAUAUAUAUAUAUAUUUUAAUUAGUUAUUUGUUAACACGAAAUUCUAGUCUUAGGCUACUGUUAGGAAUAAAUACCCAUGAAACGGUUUUCUACACAAAAGCGUACUAGCUAACAAGUGGAAAAAUUUCUGAAGUGGUUAGACCUUGUUUCCAUGCUUGCUAAUUAAUGGCUUCCUGUAUUAAGAAUGUUAAGAGUUAAAGGAAAUACAGUAUGUAAUGUCAAUUAAGACUCAAAUAUAAGCAGUUUAUGUGUAUGAGUGCUUGAGUUGUGAUGCUGGAGUGUGCAUCCACCUAGUAGAUGGUUCAGUACUCAAGAGUCCAGCCUGACAGCUUCCUUGCUGUAAGAAUAUGGACCAUUAGCAGGGAAAGCCAAUGUUGUCACCCAAAAUUGUAUACAGUAGUUGUCAAAAUCUGUAUUUGCUAAUUGUAUUUUUGGAAGUCCUUCGUGAUUUUAGUUUUUGUCAAAUUUUUGGUAGGUACAUGUCAUACCUAGCCAGUGCAUAUAUUUGAAAAAUUAAAAAGCUAAUUUCUGGUCAAGUUGUAUCUCUUGAGAGGGGUCCUUAUCUCUGGUGCAAGGCUUGUGUACAUAUGUUGAACAGUCCACCUUCCAGCUUAUUAUUGUCCAUGUGCUGCUAAUGCUGUACGUAUACAUAACAUAUUUAUAAAUUUGAGACCUUGGAUGAAGUGCAUAUUUGAAGACAAAUUUAUGUAUUUAAGUGUUGGGGAAUUUUCUGUAGCCUAAGUGAUUGUUUACUAUUUGAAUUAUUUAGAUGUAAUUUUGUAUUUGAACCUUGGCAAUUUGGGAAUGCAUUUGUGAUGUUAUUCCAAAUAGUGAUUCAAAAAUCAUUACAAAAUACAUUACUUCAAAUGUGUUAAAAACAAUGUAAGCCAGAACAAGUAUUGGCAUUUCUAGACUUUAUUAGGGAAAUUUAAACAGUGGUGCGUGUAGAACCUUCCCCAAACAUUUUCAUUACCGACAAUAUUUUCAUCACGAAAUAUUGAAAUAUCCGAGCAUACCGGUUGUAGCUGGAGCUUACUGGCCAGCAUCAGAGGCCACUGAGCAGUAAUGGGCCCAGUUAUGUGGCUCACAUGAAACUAAUAUUUUGUGUUGAAAGCAAUUAACAUUUUUACAUGUGCAUUUACCAUCAGUCAAAAUGUUACUUAAUAUUUAAGAAUGACCAUAACAUAAUUGUUGCCAAAAAAUACAGUAUUAAAAGUUAAAAAAAAAGAUCUUGCAUCACUACUGGUCCAACCAUUCAUUUAUUUUCUGCAUUUAUUAUUAUAUAUAUAUAUACAUGUAUAUAUAAUUAUAUAUAUUUAUAUAUUAUAUAUUUAUACAGUACAUUAUUUAUAUUACUGAAAGAAACUUCAAGACUUCAUAUAGUAAAAGGUGAAAAUAUAAACUAAUUACAGUACAGAAAUUCGUGUAGGAAUCAUAAUUUUACUGAUGCUCUUAAGGUAUUAAAAUUUAGGUGGUAAAAUAUUUGCUGAUGUAAAUUACUUUUCUAUGUUUAAUUCACAGAUUUCAGCGUUGCUAAUGAGAGGAAUGGCUACAUUCUAGUGUGAGGAACAUUUCAAAAGUAUCAUAAUGAAAACUGAUCUGUUUAGCUAUGUAAAAUUAAAUCACAAUCGGGUAGUUUUAGCAUUAAUACGCUACCGAGGGGUAAGUUAGUACAUUUUUUUCACUUGUAAUAUGCCUUAAAAAAAGGUACUUGUAUUGUUCAAGCUCUUCAUCGUUGUGUCGGUUAUUAAUGGCUCUGCUGUCUUAUUGUACUUACCUUCUUUCAGAUUGUAUUUCCCUGCUUGCUGAGGUAUUCCUCAGUUUGUCCACCCAUUUUUUCUGGAUGCUGUUAACUGUCUUGUAAAUGAACAAGUAAUAGCCAGAUCGUUGUGUAGAAUUCUUCAGGAAAUGCGCAGUGCUUCGAAUAUCUUGUAAUGGCUAAAAUGUCUUGGGGAAGAUUCUGCAUAAGACCAAACCUUUAAAGAAUGAAGGUUCCCAAAGGGAGCAAGGCAUCGGUGGAGAUUAAAGACCUUCUUGGCUCGGCUGGAGGUUGAUGAGGUAAAAGAUCAUUUGUGUUCCUGUACAUCUAAGUUACUAUGAGUAUAUUAGGUUACACGAGAAUAUGCUGUAUUCAUAAGUAGAUUUUCUCAAGUGAACUCUCUUCUCGGUGCUAGACGGUUACUUUUUGAAAGUACAAGUUGAUUUUGAGUGUGAUACCAGUGGCAAAAGUGCAAUGCACUUUUGAAGUUGCUUAAUUUAUGAAUUUGGUGUAUCUAAAAGUUUCUAAUAGAAACGACAAUCUUUACCAAAUUUUAACUAUACUAGUUACUGUAUAUUUUCAGAAUAGGUUAUUGGAUUUGCUAAAUCUUUAUUUAUUGUGUAAAUUAUUUAUAAUUUGCUCAGGGUAGAGGCUUAAAAUGGUUUUAAAGUUUUCUGGUUGUAUCUUUCGUUAAGUGUACCAAGUAUACUUAUUUCACGUGGCAUUUUAUUUUUUUCUGGGCGGUUAAAGUUCAUUCACACAACAUCUUGAAACUUCGGAUAGCUCUUGAAAUUACCACUGUUGGCAUUCAUCUUCCUGUCCAGGAUAUUUUAUUUAUAACAUUUCAGAGCUGAACUAAUAAACUGAUACCUUACUUCAUGCAAAUUGAAUGCUGAAAUAGUGGUACUGAAAUGGCAGUACUGUGUCAAUACAUGAGCAGUUUUUUAAUUCUGCUGUGUAGUUUGUGCUGCCAAGAUUUUUUAUGUACUGUACACUUGUUUUGAUGGCCUGUAUCCAAGUGCAGCUAUUUAAUCCAAGCACAGUAUCUGCCUUUUAUCAGUCUAUUGUGAUCUUUGGCUCUGUUAUUCUUUGCUGUUCAAUGUAGGCUUUAUUGUAGUCCUACAUCUUUAGGCUUUAAUAUUAAUUUAUUGGUAAUUUUUUGUAUAUGGUGUAGCAUUUAAAGAAGUUAGUGCUUUGGUUAUAUUAAAUCUCUAAUCUUUUAUUGAAUUUAUUAGAAGGCAAGUGGGUUUGGUGGUGAUGGGGUUUAUUUUGGGGAGAAGGGGGGGCUCCUCUCCACCAGGCGUAUGGGAAGAUUGCUUCCUAUUUUCUUCAGUUUUUUACCUCUUCAAAAAUGUUAUGUAGUUUGAUAACUAGUAAAAGUAACCUAAUUAGCAUGGACAAUUCUUAAGACACCUCAAUAUAUUCUUCAGAAUCUCGUCUAUAUGGAACUAAAAGAUAUUGCAUUUGAUUGAUAGUUUUACAAUACACAAUUUUCAGAUAUGAUAUGCAGAAUAAAAAUCACAGGUAAAGUUUAAUAUAAUGCAGAAUUUAACAAUUUUGGGUUGUGUGUGUGUGUGUGUACAGUAACGAGUAUGUUGUAUUUUUAACGUCGUUAGAUCUGUAAUGUCGUGUCCCAUUCUAUAUCCAAAUGCAAAUUUAUAUUUAUGCAAUCGUUCAGUGUUCUGAGUUAAUGUGCUGGAUAUUCAUAAUUAGUUUCUUUGCCGAGAGAAUUAAUUAGUAAAUUCAGCAUUAAAAUUAUAGCAAAUUUUUGCUUUAGUUUACUUGACAUAGUAUAAAGAAUUAGUCUUCAAUAUGAUGCAGGUAAUUUUGCAAUAUUAAAGUUUUAUUUUUACAUGGAAAAAAUUAAGGCAAAAUUUAAAAUCUUUUUGAUUUGUGGGAGAUUUAAUCUUUCGAGUUUUUGUAAUUUCCUACUAAUUAAUUUUGGAACUUGUGCCAGAAUAAUAAUUACAUUUCUUGUCUUGAAAUCUUACGUGAUCUUGGAGGAAUAGAACUUGAGGGGCUUUAUUUCCAUUAUGAUACUCAGGGUUGAACACUCGCCAACCUAUCCAGUGGAAGUGCUCUAACAAUAUCGUCUAGUUUAGUUUAUUUACGGAAAGUUACAAUAUAACAUUUUAACAAAAAUUUAAAACCUUUCUUUAUGAACAAUACAAGAAAACAUACAGUACUUUUCUUUAUUUAUGUAUAAAAAGGAGUUUUAACCAGUUUUAAAUAUUGAUUUAGUUUAGUUUUAUGUUCAUUGGAUUUAUUGAUUUUUUCUGCAAUACAGUGUUUAUAAAUAAUAUAAAGGAUGUUUUUAUGAGUGAAGUUAAUCAAAUUGUUGGCAUUUCACAUUAAAAGUGCAGUACUGUGUAUUGAAUUAAAAACUUGUGCAAGUCCAUAUUAGACUGCCAUCUCCAGCCACAUCAUUCCUGGGGAAAUGCAGCUUUAUUUUAAUAUACGAAUACUAAACAAACACGUUCGCGUAAUGUUAAGGAUGACAUUUUAGUCUAGAAUACUUGAAUGUCACUACUACUUUGUUGUAGUGUACGGGUCUAGUGUUUGUUUCAUCUAUAUAUAUUGACACAGUCUUCAAAAUUACCAUAUAUCUGAUCAUUUGUAAGGGGUACAUUUUUAAUAUCUUGUAUAGUACAUGUUCCAUAUGAAAUGCCUAAAUUGCUCGCAUGAACUGUAUUAGUUUUGUUUGAAUUCUUACCUCAAGAUUUUCAGAACGUAGACAACUGCAAGAUAUAAGUAGUGGCAGUACUGACAAUGAAUUAUUAGAAAGAAAGCUUCUCAACAUAAAGACCUUUGGGUGACCCAAGAAUAUACUGUAUCAUUGAACAUUUUAAAACGUUUUCAGCAGGUAGACCUUAAUUAAGCCAUCUGCGCUCAUUACACAUUAGCUAGCCAUUUUUUGUUUUUAAUUCCUUAUAAUAAAUUGGGCAAAAAUUGUACUAUAUUUAUGAACCAGUAAACAUACUUGAACAA